AUGGGAUCUGAACACACCGGCAACCUUACUGCUCUGCCAGGCCACACAGACCUGUCGACAAGCUGCAAGGAUGAAGAAUUCUUAGAGGUGAGGUCCUAUCUCUCCGUCCUUUAUGGGCUAAUCUUCCUGGUGUGCUUCCCAGGGAACAUUGUGACAAUUUUUGCUUACUUUGUCAAGAUAAGGCCCUGGAAAAGCAGCACCAUCAUUAUGCUAAACCUGGCUAUCACUGACCUAUUAUAUGUAGCCACACUUCCUUUCUUUAUACACUAUUCUACCAACGGAAAUAACUGGAUUUUUGGAGACUUCAUGUGCAAGUUUAUUCACUUUUGUUUCUACUUCAACAUGUACAGUGGCAUUAUCUUCCUCAGUUGCUUCAGCAUCUUCCGCUUUUUUGUAGUUGUCUACCCAAUUAAAUGCUUUUUUAUUCAAAACCGGAGGUGGGCAGUGGUGACCUCCCUCGUAGUCUGGCUGAUUUCCCUGGCAGCCAUCAGCCCCUUGGGCACCUUGAUUGCUACGAAGCAUACUCAGAACAGGACGACGUGCCCAGACCUGGCUGCUGCUGAGGACCUUGACGCCAGUCGGUGGUACAACUGGCUGCUGACGGUGUUUGCCUUCUUCUUGCCCUUGCUGGCGGUGACUCUGUGCUACGUGCUCAUCAUUUGCACCUUGGCUACCGGGCCCCACACGCGGGCUUGCUACAAACAGAAGGCUCGCCGACUUGCUCUUGUCCUCUUGGUGGUCUUCUACGUGUGCUUCCUUCCCUUACACAUCUUCCGAGGGAUCUGGCUGGAGCUCCGAGUACGACCGGUUAGCUGCCACUUGAAGAGCACGAUCCUUUUUAUGCUGAUUAUAGCCAAGCCUCUAGCAGCGUUAAAUACUUUUGGAAACUUAAUGCUCUAUGUGGUGAUGGUAGACAACAUCCAGCAGGCGAUCCUCUCGCUCCUCAAGGUCUUCACAAACAAGAACUUGAAGUAA